UAGAAAGUAUGCAUCAAGUUUGGGAGGAUUUUGAAAGUAUCGAUAGCGUAGUUCGAAAUCUGUAUUUGCGAAACAUUCAUCAAAUUGAUGCUUGCGGAGAGGAUGCUGAGAAAGAUGGUUUAAUCGUAAGAUGUACUGAUGCAAAUAAUACACUGGUCAACCUAUGUAAUUUGAUAAAAUUUAUACUUGAAGAACAAAACUUAAGUACUUAUUCAAAGCAAAGCAUUUUUAUACCUUGCAGUAGCAGAACGUAUGUGGAAAACAUAUUUUCAUCUAUAUCUGAUUUUUCUCACAGGUCUAUAGCUAAUUAUCUGGCUUUAAGGUGCUUCAUUGUGCAUUUGGAUGACCUCAGUUUUAUUUUCCGUAAAAUUCAUUUAAAUCAUCCGCAUUCUUUCGCAAAGAAGACGCAGUUAACGAAAUGGGAGCGUUGUGUUGAGUGGAUUUCCAAUUACAUGCCAUAUGCACUCGGCACGGACUAUGUUCCGAAGAUGUUGCCUAAAGACAGUCUUAAUGGAGUUCGUAAAAUUGUUCAUGAAUUUAUUGAUGUCGCUUCAAGGUACAUUGCUUUGCAAAAGUGGAUUGAUGAUGACAACAGACGAAACAUAAUUUUUGCCGUUCAAAACUUGACCAAUUAUAUUGAUUCCAGUGUUUCCAUUCUUCAAAACGAGACCCUAAUCAAUUUAAUUUAUGAAAAGUUUAAUCCUACUGGAGAAAGUUUUGUUGCAAAUGUACUGGAAUACCAAAGAGCCAUGUUUAUAUUUUACAUUACGAAUCAUGAAAUUGCUGAGACUUUUGAAUUUAGCAGCCCACUCAUGGUUAAUGCUUUCCAUCUACCUGGAAUGUUAGAUCUACGCUUCGGCAUGCUGUUGCCACCCAUAUAUUCCAAAGAUCGACCGAAACUCCUGAAUUUUGCCACCAUGGGGACUUCUAUAGGACACGAAAUAGGCCAUGAAAUUCUAAAUUUCUUCUAUGAAGAUAACUUGAACAACAAAACUGAAGCUGCUUUUAUGAGAAAAAAGAAAUGCUUUGAAACACAAUAUUCGCAAUUUGAAGUAAAGAAAAUUGGAAAGAGAGUUCUGGGAAAUGUCACUUACAGUGAAGAUUUACCAGACUACAUUGGAAUGACUCUUACUCAGAAGCUGAUUGAAAAAUAUCUCCUGGAAGACGAACGCGCUUAUGAAUUUACUUUGCCAUCGUUGAACUUCACUACAAGACAGUUGCUAUUUCUUUCCAUGGCUCAAAUGUGGUGCACUGUUCGAAGUACAGAAAAUGAACAGCUUCACUAUGAAACUGAUAUCCAUACACCACCAAAUUUUAGAAUUAUUGGAAUGAUGCAGAACUCCGAAGAAUUUUCCAAAGCUUUCUUCUGUUCACCAGGUCGGCCAAUGAAUCCCCAUCUCAAAUGUUCUUUUUUUGAUUAGUUUAAAAAAUAAAUCUUGGUCUUC